GCCUGACGUCACCGCCGGUCCGUGUUUACCGCGGUGCGGAACGGGAAGGGGAGAGGGAACCGGCACCGGGACCGGCACCGGGACCGGCCCCGGGAGCGGCUCCGCGCCCCGCCACAGCGCCCGCACCGCCCCGGCACCGCUCCGGCCCGGCCAUGGGGCAGCGCGCCCGGGCGCGCCCCGGCUGAGCGCCCCGUCCGUCCGUCCGUCCGUCCCGUCCCGACCCGUCCCUUCCCGUCCCGUCCGUGCCGUCCCGCCCCGCGGACCUUGGCCGGGGAUGCUGGCGGGAUGUCGGGCGCCGGGGCGGCCGUGCUGGCCUGGGCGCUGCUGGCCGGGGCGCUGCUGCCCCCGCCGCCCGUCCGGCCCCAGCCCCUGCCCCACGGGGACCGCGAGGUGCACGAGAAGGAAGCGCAGUUCAACACCACCUACAGCGACUGGGUGCACGCCAACCUGCUCAACAUCUACGCCUUCAACCACAGCGUCCGCAGGAACAGGACCGAGGGCGUGCGGGUGUCGGUCAAUGUCCUCUCGGACCAGAAGGACCAGCCCGUCCUCUUCGUGGUGAGGCAGAAGGAGGCGGUGGUCUCCUUCCAGGUGCCGCUCAUCCUCCGGGGCCUGUACCAGCGGAAAUACGCGUACCAGGAGGUGAGCCGCACGCUCUGCCAGCCGCAGACCAAGGCCGAGGUGGAGACCCAGCACUUCUACGUGGAUGUCUCCACGCUCUCCCUCAACACCUCCUACCAGCUGCGGGUCACCCGCGUGGAGAACUUUGUGCUGCGGACCAAUGAAAGGUUCAGCUUCAAUGCCACGGCCGCCCAGCCGCAGUACUUCAAGUACGAGUUCCCCGAGGAAGUGGACUCGGUGAUCGUGAAGGUGACCUCAGCCAUGGCCUUCCCCUGCUCCGUCAUCUCCAUCCAGGACAUCCUGUGCCCCGUCUACGACCUGGACAACAACGUGGCCUUCAUCGGGAUGUACCAGACCAUGACGAAGAAGGCGGCCAUCACGGUGCAGAAGAAGGAUUUCCCCAGCCACAGCUUCUAUGUGGUGGUGGUGGUGAAGACGGAGGACGAGGCGUGCGGGGGGGCUCUGCCCUACUACCCCCUCUCCAAGAACGCCUCUCCAGAUGAGCCCGUGGAUCAGCACAACCGGCAGAAGACCCUGGAGGUGAUGGUGUCACCUGCCAUCACCUCCGAGGCCUACGUGCGCAGUGUUCUCUUCUGCCUCGGCAUCUUCCUCUCCUUCUACAUCCUCACGCUGCUCAUCGCCUGCUGGGAGAGCUGCCGGCAGCACAAGAGGAAGGGGCUCCUGGCAGCCAUGGAUUCUCCCAGCCUGGACACAGCGUCACUCCUGGGUCACUCCCGCAGCAUCCCCGACUCCUUCCUGAACCACGGCCCCUACGACAGCUACGGUUACGGCUCCUUCGGGAACGGCUCCUCCAGCAGCACCGAGGGCAUCACAGACAGCCUGGGCUCAGCAGAAGUCUCCUACAGUUACGUGGGGCAGGAGCAGUUCAAGCGGCGCACGCCCUCCGCCCCGACGAGGCCGCUGAGCAUUCCCAUGGGGGAGCGGUCCCUGGAGAACGUGGCCAGCCGGCCGCGCCUGGACUCGCUCAGCUCUGUGGAGGAGGACGACUACGACACGCUGGCCGACAUCGACUAUGACAAGAACGUCAUCCGCACCAAGCAAUACCUGUGCGUGGCCGACCUGGCGCGUAAGGACAAGCGAGUGCUGCGGAAGAAGUACCAGAUUUAUUUCUGGAACAUCGCCACCAUCGCUGUCUUCUACGCCCUCCCUGUCAUCCAGCUCGUCAUCACCUACCAGACGGUGGUGAAUGUCACCGGCAACCAGGACAUCUGCUACUACAACUUCUUGUGCGCCCACCCGCUGGGGAACCUCAGCGCCUUCAACAACAUCCUGAGCAACCUGGGCUACGUGCUGCUGGGUUUGCUCUUCCUGCUGAUCAUCCUGCAGCGCGAGAUCAACUACAACCGCGCGCUGCUGCGCAACGACGCCCACGCCCUGGAGUGUGGCAUCCCCAAGCACUUUGGGCUCUUCUACGCCAUGGGCACCGCCCUCAUGAUGGAGGGGCUGCUCAGCGCCUGCUACCACGUCUGCCCCAACUACACCAAUUUCCAGUUUGACACCUCCUUCAUGUACAUGAUCGCGGGGCUCUGCAUGCUGAAGCUCUACCAGAAGCGCCACCCGGACAUCAACGCCAGCGCCUACAGCGCCUACGCCUGCCUGGCCCUCGUCAUCUUCUUCUCCGUGGUGGGCGUGGUCUUUGGGAAGGGGAACACGGCCUUCUGGAUCGUCUUCUCCGUCAUCCACAUCGUGGCCACGCUGCUGCUGAGCACCCAGCUGUACUACAUGGGGCGCUGGAAGCUGGACUCGGGCAUCCUGCGCAGGAUCCUGCACGUGCUGUACACGGACUGCGUGCGGCAGUGCAGCGGGCCCAUGUACGUGGACCGAAUGGUGCUCCUGGUCAUGGGGAACAUCAUCAACUGGUCACUCGCUGCCUACGGCCUCAUUGUCCGCCCCAAUGAUUUUGCUUCCUACCUGCUGGCCAUCGGCAUCUGCAACCUCCUCCUCUACUUCGCCUUCUACAUUAUCAUGAAGCUCCGCAGUGGCGAGCGCAUCAAGCUCAUCCCCCUGCUCUGCAUCAUCAGCACCUCCGUGGUCUGGGGCUUCGCCCUCUUCUUCUUCUUCCAGGGGCUCAGCACCUGGCAGAAAACACCAGCUGAAUCCCGGGAGCACAACCGUGACUGCAUCCUGCUCGACUUCUUUGACGACCACGACAUCUGGCAUUUCCUCUCCUCCAUCGCCAUGUUCGGCUCCUUCCUGGUGCUGCUGACGCUGGAUGAUGACCUGGACUGUGUCCAGCGGGACAAGAUCUACGUUUUCUAGGAGCCUGCAGCCACCGCUGCCCUGGGACUGUGCCAAACGCCCGGCUGCAGCCCCGGGAGGGGCACCCACCCCUGGGGAGGGAUGUCUGCGCUGCAGGUCCUGCCAGCCACUCUGUCCCCCUCCCCACACAGCCCUGGGGUCCUGGUUUGCCUCCUCCCCGUCAGCCGGGUCCCAUCCCUGGGCCCGUCACAGCCAAAAACGGGGCUGGGGGGCCACCAGAGCAUCCGUCCUCUGUGUCAGGUGACACUGGAAAAGGUGCUGCUGCUGCUGCUCCGUGUCCGUGUGCCCGUGGGCACAGUGGGGGGACCGGGGCCAGCGCCGUGCCAGCAGCCCCGUGGCCCCCCGAGCACGUGGGUGUGGGUCUCUCUUCAGUGCCUGAGUCGAGUGGGUGGGAGGUGGGGGUGCGUGGGGCCAGCACGGUGGUGGCAGUGGCCGGAGAGGCCCUGCUCGUGUCCCCUCCGGUGUCCCAGGAGGGGUGGCCACAGUGGGCCCCGUCACUCCCCGCCGAGGUGCCGCGCUCCCCACGCGUGGAUCUGCUGGGAAGGGACUCGCAUUAAAGUGUCUGCACUUUG